AUGGCAUUUUUCAAAAUUGAAGAGCCCAUGCCUGCAGAAAGCAAAAUUUUCCCAUUAGUUCGAUCCGAAGAGGCAGCGUUUCUUCACUUUCGAGGGCGUUCCGUGAUGAGCACUUUUGCCGGGCCGCUGCCUGACAUUCCUGGUGUUCGCAUCGAUCAGUUUCUUUGCGAUGUCUCGCACGAAUCUUGUCGUCAUUUCUUCCUCUCGCAUAUUCACUCGGGUGAGUCAUUUUUACCGUAUCGUGCAUCGCGUAAUCUCUGGAGG